AAUCGAUGCUUGCGCACAUUUCAACACUAUAUUUUAAACAGUUUAGUCUGCAGUCCAACACACAGAUCAUCCAAUGUUUUCUACUUGGUCUUCAAAUGUAUCAUCACGAAUAAAUAAUAAUUAUUUUAGUACUCCAUAAUAUUUAGCCAUUCGUUAAGGUUUAUUGUCCGAUAAUAUUGGCGACAACUUUUAAAUGAAAUUGGGUCUUUUUUAGGUUUCAAAUUAAAAGCAUUAACCCUUUGAAGGCGCCUGUGCUAGUCUUGAUCGUUUACAGAGCAUGUAUAGCACAGCUGGAAGUUUUCUUAAGAGUGCCCAUGAAGAUGGAGUUGAGCUUGUUUGUCAGUAGGGUGAAUUUAAAAUUUUAAAAAGAUCAACUUGAUAACGAAGGAUUGUUUUAACUUUCAACAGUAAUUUAAAUAUUUACUUUAAACAUCGCAUAAACACGAGGGCGCGCCACGUUUUCUAGCUAGGCUGAACGAUGAUUUGCAGCACUGGCUUUCCCCAUUUGUUGUGCUCGGUCAUUCUGCUUUUGAAAAAAAUUAAAUGUGCCUGAUGGUUUCGCCCUAGUUUUUAAACUCAAAGGACUUCUACUAUAUUAGAUUCAAAAAUAAAUAAGGAAAAUGCCAUCCAAAUCAAAGCCGAGACUUUCGCGUGGUGUCCUGGACAUGAAGUUCAUGCAGCGCACAAAAGUUAAAGUGGAAAAGGAGGCAGACGAUGAGCAGAGCAGGGCACUGUACUCCAACGAGAUCAACCAGAAGAUGCUCAAUUCCACCUCGAAUUUUGUGGUGGAGUCCAGCUACUCGAUAUGCGCCGGCCUGAUAGACGGACGCCUCAGUUUCCGCGGCAUGAAUCCGGAGCUAGAACUUCUCAUGGAGCAGGAUCUGGCGGAAAAGCAGGGCCGCACAAGGCCGGAGCAGCCCAAGGAGGUAUCCGACCAAGACAUGGUAAAGGCUUAUUAUGCCAACAAGGCGCCCACGGUCUCCGGCAGCAUGAGCAAGAAGUUUAACACCAAAAAGGACUUUAAAAGGAAGCAAAUCGGCGGAGAUAGUGAUAGUCCGCAUGCCAUGAAGAAGCAGUACUUUAAGAAACCACGCUCGGGUGACGAAUAGUUUACUACUUAGUUGUUACACUCGUGACUUAGCUUUUAGUUAAAUAAAUAUACGAAUUCAAUUGUACUCGCGCUGUGCUUGUUUCACCGCCUGCAAGGCGUAGCACAUCUGGUUGUUGUUGAUCCAUCGCCAGGUGUUGCUCCAAAAGUCGUAGGUGCUUCCAUUUACCAACACCGUCUGACAGUUCACUGCAGAUGAACGAGAGAAUAAAGAAUAGCCUAAUCUG